AUUCUUAAAUUCUAUCAUAUCAUAUAUAAAACUGCAGUCGUGUCACAAAACAAUCGUCUCACCCGGCUAACAGAGUUGAAAUCUGGAAUUUCACAUCAUUUAAUAAAGCAUUUAUAUUUAUAAACAAAAGCAAAGAAUACCAAGCACAAACUGAAAAUGGCCGAUGAAGAGCAGCCACAACUUCUAGCUGGACAUCCCCCCGCAGUUAAAGCCGGAGGAAUGCGUAUUGUGCAGCAUAAAACCCAUAGCAAUGAACGCCCUGCCAAGGAUGCAGAGGAUUGCACUGGACUGACACAACCUGUUAGUGUGAAUACCAUGUCGGUGAGUGGUGCGCCCGUUAAGGGUCAUGUCGAUUACACCACUGAAGCUGUACAGGUGGCACAUUCCCCUAAACCACCAACUUUUGUGCCUGCCAAACCCAACAUAAAUAUUCAACAACCUCGCAAGUGAGCUGCCAGGACAGCAACAGCAACAACAACAGCAACUGCAUAUUUUUAUUAGUAAUAUUUAAGAUAACCCACAUACUACAUUCCCUACAUAUGCCUUUUGUUUUUGUAUUAAUUUCCACUAAAAGUUAUUAACAUUUUUUUUUUGCUUUAUUACUACGGCUUUGUGGAUUUUUUCAAAUAAAAAUUUUGAGAGUAUAUAUAUUUUAAAUAUAUAUUGUCAAAAUUGUUUAAAAUAAACUAAAUCAUAUUUUUUGUAUAUGUA